AUGUUGUUUCCUUUCUUCGCAGCCGCAUUGCUUUUCUCAACUUGGGGUGCACUCGCAGCCCCAACCCAGCCCCAUUCGCAGCUCUCCCGCCGCAGUGGCAUCGCCCUACCACCAGGCUACUCCCACAUCAUUUUCCAAGACGACUUCUCCCUCCUCCCUCCCGGGUCCCAACCCUCGCCCUCCAAAUGGAUCAUCGCCACGGGAACUUCCUACCCCAACGGCCCCGCCAACUGGGGCACCAACGAGAUACAAACCUACACCAAGGCACUCUCCAACAUCAACAUUACCUCUUCGGGGACUUUACUCAUCACUCCUUUGCGCGUCAGCGGCAGCGGAAGCGGUAGCGGCAAUGUUCUCGAUUCCUCCUCAUCCACCUCCUCUUCCUCCUCCUCCGCCGCCGCCGCCGCCGCCGCUGCCCCGGACAACGGCAAAGAUAACUGGACAUCAGCCCGCAUCGAAACCGUCGCCGACCACAUCGCCUGUCCACCCGGCGGCAAGCUGCUCAUGUCCGCCUCUCUCAAAUUCGGCUCUGCCCCUUCCCCGUCACAAAUGGGCAUCUGGCCGUCCUUCUGGGCUCUGGGAUCCGAGUUCCGACGUUCCGGCAAGUUCGACCAGUGGCCGGCAGCGGGGGAGAUCGACAUAGCCGAGAGCACCAACGGGUCACCGGACGUGUGGCGUCUUUGCACUGCGGGACCGCCCCCGGCGGGCCGUGCAACGAGUUUUCUGGGCUGA